AUGAUUCUUUCGUCUUUCCUUUCUUUAUCUAUCUAUCUAUCUAUCUAUCUAUCUAUCUAUCUAUCUCAUAAAAAUAAGUCUUUCAUUCUUUCUUUCUUUCUUUCUUUCUUUCUUUCUUUCUUUCCAAUAAAAUUAAUCUGUUUGCCAAUUACCUCCUCUGUUAACUCGUGGCUUCCUCAUAAUGCUUCACUAUGCCUUUCUUUACUAUUCCCUUUCUUACAUAUCACUUUUGAAAUAUAUCAAUUUUAUGCAAUGACCGGCUGCAGUCGUCGGAUUAUCUAUCUAUCUAUCUAUCUAUCUAUCUAUCUAUCGCAGUCUGUCCAUUAUCUAUCUAUCUAUCUAUCUAUCUAUCUAUCUAUCUAUCUAUCUAUCUAUCGCAGUCUGUCCAUUAUCUAUCUAUCUAUCUAUCUAUCUAUCUAUCUAUCUAUAAUGUUUCUCUUUCUUUCUUUCUUUCAUUCUUUUUUUAUCUAUCUAUCACAGCCUGCUGAUAUCUAUCUAUCUAUCAAUGAUUCCUUCACUCUCUAUGAGAUAGCACGACUGACGCAACCAGUUUCUUUCUUUUUCUUUUUUCUUUCAUUUUUUUAUCUAUCUAUCUAUCUAUCUAUCUACCCGAGUUUCUCUUUCUUACAUUCUUUUCUUCUUUCAUUCUUUAUUUCUCAGUUUUAUAUGUAUAUAUGUAUCUAUCUUUAUUUGUUUCUUUCGUUGUUCUUUUCAUUCUUUUUAAUUUAUCUAUCUAUCUAUCUAUCUAUCUAUCUAUCUCUCAGUAUUUCUUUCUUUGUCUUUCUAUCUAUCUCUUUUUACUUUCUUUCUUUUUUAAUCUAUCUAUCUAUCUAUCUAUCUAUCUAUCUAUCUAUCUAUCUAUCUUACCAUGAUUCUUUCGUCUCUCCUUUCUUUCUUUCUUUAUCUAUCUAUCUAUCUAUCUAUCUAUCUAUCUAUAUCUACCGAUCUCAUUCUGAAUUGAUUAAAGGUCUUAAAAUGUUUUAUCUUAACAUAUUAAAAUAG